CAUUUUUUACUUUUAACAGUUUCCUUGGUUCGCUGUUCCGCGAAAAUGUCAAAUCAUACGGAUCGCUAGUCCGCCUAUUUAUUUAGUACUUGCGAUACGGUCUCGCGUAGUUGUCGGCGUGUUAGUUGUUUUCCCCGGGAAAAUGUGAAUCAAAGGGAUUUCGUCCUUGUUCGUUAGUGUCAGUCUGGCGCAGGUGGAUAAGGUGGAAAGGGCUUAAAGUAGCUUUGUGGAUCUCACAGCUGAACAAUGCCAUUACUUUCGGUGUUUUGUUCCUAGAUCACUCGCACUGCCAAUGAAAACGUAUCAGGAACAAAAAGAAAUUGAGGGUUUCCGCUGCUGAGAGGGACUCGGCAUACGGAUGAACAAUAUCGAACUUCGCAGACUUUCUAGUCCAAGUCCUACUAAAAAUGGACCAACCGAUACCACUGAUUCCCAACAUUCCCCAGUUGGAGAAGAUGGAUGUUCACCAACGGCAAUGGAUAGAGAAACGAGUACUAAUGAGGUAGAAGCAGUGGCUGAUCAUAGGAUAAUAUUUAUUAAUAGGACACAACCUCCUGUUAACAAAUUCGUUAGUAAUUCUAUAUCAACGGCAAAAUAUAGUCUUCUCACAUUUAUACCACUGUUCUUAUUUGAACAAUUUCGAAGAUGGGCAAAUAUAUUUUUUUUAAUGAUAGCCUUAUUGCAACAAAUCCCAGAUGUAUCACCAACAGGUCGAUAUACUACCUUAGUGCCUCUCAUUUUUAUAUUGACAGUAUCAGCUGUAAAAGAAAUUAUAGAAGAUAUAAAAAGACAUCGAGCUGAUGAUGAAACAAAUCAUAGAAUAGUUGAUGUACUCAAGGGAGAGUCUUGGAUACCAACAAAAUGGAAGAAAGUUGUAGUUGGAGAUAUAGUACGAAUUUCAAAUAAUUCUUUUUUUCCUGCAGACCUUAUAUUAUUAUCCUCCAGUGAACCACAAGGUAUGAGCUUUAUAGAAACAGCAAAUUUGGAUGGUGAAACAAACCUAAAAAUAAGACAAGCUCAUCCUAGUACAGCUAAGGUAACAUCAACAAAUGAGUUGAAAACACUUUCUGGUACCAUUGAAUGUGAACCACCAAACAGACAUUUGUAUGAAUUCACAGGAGUUUUAAAAGAAACUAACAAAAUUGCACAACCAUUAGGUCCUGAUCAACUUUUACUCAGAGGUGCUGUUCUACGUAAUACAUCUUGGGUUUUUGGAUUGGUUAUUUACACAGGGCAUGAAACAAAACUAAUGAGAAAUUCUACCAGAGCACCAUUAAAACGCUCUACGGUAGACAAAUUAACCAAUUUACAAAUUCUUUUACUUUUUGGAAUCCUUUUGACCAUGUGUAUUGUAUGUUCAGUCUGUAAUGAGAUGUGGUCAAAUGCUCAUGGCACUAAAGAUUGGUACAUUGGACUAACAGAACUCUCCAAUCAAAAUUUCUUGUACAAUCUUCUUACAUUUGUCAUUCUUUUCAACAACUUAAUUCCUAUAUCAUUGCAAGUGACUUUAGAAAUGGUCAGGUUUGUACAAGCAAUUUUCAUUAAUAUGGACGUCGAAAUGUACCAUGCCGAGACUGACACACCUGCCAUGGCUAGAACAUCCAAUUUGAAUGAAGAACUGGGUCAAGUAAAGUACAUAUUCUCAGACAAAACAGGCACUUUAACUAGAAAUAUAAUGGAAUUUAAAAGGGCAGCAAUCGGAAACAUUGUCUUUGAUGCUAAUGAUGAUCAGCUUAUUAAGCUUAUACAGGAUGGACAUGAGUCAGCCGAUAUAUUAAAAGAAUUUUUAGUCUUGUUAUCGGUUUGCCAUACAGUUAUUCCUGAAAAAAUGCCAGAUGGUAAUGUAAUUUAUCACGCAGCGUCACCAGAUGAACGAGCGUUAGUGGGCGGAGCCGCCAAGUAUGGUUAUGUUUUCGAAAGUCGCACACCAGAAUUUGUACAAAUCGACGCCUUUGGAGUCAAAGAACGUUACCAAAUAUUAAAUGUAAUUGAAUUUACGUCGACAAGAAAACGAAUGUCUGUAAUCGUUAGAGAUCCCAACAACAAAAUUAAACUUUAUUGCAAAGGAGCUGACAGUAUUAUCUUUGAGCGGCUAGCAGAGUCUGAGCAGCAGUAUAGUGAACAGUUAUUACAACAUUUGGAGAAUUUUGCUUGCGAAGGUCUUAGAACACUUUGUUGCGCUGUUGUUGAAAUAAGCGAAGCUGACUACAAUCAAUGGAAAAACAUCUUUCAUGAGGCGUCGACAUCAAUUGUAAAUAGAGAAGCCAAAAUUGAAGAAGCGUCAGAACGGAUAGAGAAGAAUUUAAAACUGUUAGGAGCAACGGCAAUAGAAGACAAAUUACAAGAAGGUGUACCAGAGACAAUAGCAGCUCUUCUAAAAGCAGAUAUUUAUGUUUGGGUUUUAACAGGAGAUAAACAGGAAACUGCUAUAAACAUAGGGUAUUCUUGUAGGCUACUAGUACAAGGAAUGCCACUAAUUAUUUUAAAUGAUGACAGUCUCGAUAAUACGCGUGACUCAAUAGCGAAGCACAGCGAAGACUUGGGUGCAAAUUUAGAAAAACAAAACGAAAUUGCUUUGAUAGUCGAUGGUAAAACGUUAAAAUAUGCUUUAAGUUGCGAAUUACGUACCGAUUUUUUGAAACUUUGCAUCUCAUGCAAAGUCGUAAUAUGUUGUCGAGUAUCGCCGAUGCAAAAAGCUGAAGUCGUUGAGUACAUCACGCAAUAUACGAAAGCUGUAACCUUAGCCAUAGGUGACGGUGCAAAUGACGUAGCCAUGAUCCAAAAGGCACACGUUGGCGUUGGCAUAUCAGGACAAGAAGGACUUCAAGCCGCAUGCGCGUCCGACUAUAGCAUUGCACAAUUCCGUUUCCUACUUAGGCUAUUGCUUGUUCACGGUGCAUGGAAUUAUUCUCGCAUGUGUAAACUGAUAUUGUACAGUUUCUACAAAAACAUAUGCCUUUACAUAACACAGCUGUGGUUCGCAAUUUAUUCAGGAUGGUCUGGACAAAUCUUAUUUGAACGGUGGUCGAUGGGCCUCUAUAACGUCAUUUUUACUGCAUUGCCACCCCUGGCUAUGGGACUUUUUGAUAAGACGUGCACCGCAGAAACGAUGCUCAAGUAUCCAAAAUUGUAUAGACCGAGUCAAAACGGCCAAUUGUUUAAUGUCAAAGUGUUUUGGGUGUGGGUAGUGAACGGUAUGGUCCAUUCGGCAUUACUGUUUUGGCUAACGCUUCUCGCGUGCAAAAAUGACAUUUUAUGGUUGAACGGCAAAGAUGGUGGAUACCUAAUGUUCGGCAUGUGCGUUUAUACGUACGUUGUGGUGACAGUUUGUUACAAAGCUGGCCUAGUAACGAAUACAUGGUCUUGGCCAACUCAUUGUGCUAAUUGGGGAUCUAUUAUUCUUUGGUUUAUCUUCAUUUUGAUUUACAGUAACACCUGGCCGUUAUUACCAAUAGGAAGUGUAAUGACGGGAAUGUAUGUGAUGAUGUUCACGUCUGCUGUGUUUUGGUUAGGCCUUAUACUCAUACCCACUUUGGUUAUAACGCCAGACUUUACAGUCAAAGUCGUACAGAGUACCGUAUUUAAAACAUUAACAGAUGCGAUGCGUGAAAGCGAAAUCCGAAAAACCGAUCCUAGCAGCGUCUUUUCGAAAGACUCGAAAAGCUCAACGUUGCAUGCGUUGGAAAGAUUCGCCAUGUGCUUUCUGAAACCGCUCGUCUUCUUCAGAACGUACGCAGCGUUUUUUUUAAGAAUACCCACACUAGAUGCGAUUUGGAAGUCGAGUUGUCUCAUGGUUUUGCAUUUUCGCAAGAAGAAGGUGGAUCCGUUUCACAAGCAGACGUCAUCAGAGCAUACGACACAAACAUUCCAAAACCAGAGGGUCUGUAGUGUAUUAUUCUCAUGUAGCUUAUUUAAAUAGGUAAUAAUUUAUUGUUACCGAAAGGGUUUAACUAUGGAUCGUUUUAUACAUUAAAGUAAUCUAUGUCAUAUACACAUUAAAAAUAGCCUAAAAGUACUGGCAGUAUUUCAGCUUUUCGUAUUUAAUUAUAAUUCUAACGGAGCACGGUUGAACGAUUAGAAAAAUCCAACAUUAAAUUAAAUACAUUCUCGUGAAUUUGGUAUUAUAAUAAUAUAUUUUUAGCAUAAAAAUUAGUUACAGUUUCCGUUUUUCCCUAAAAACGCCAUUAAACUUUAUUGAAUUCAUUUCAGAAACUAAGUUAUAAAUUUUUGGAAUAUAACAAUAUCAGCAACUAAUAAAUUAUUUUAUAUGAGUAAUACUGAUUAUGAUCUAAAUCAAUAUUUACCUCCCUUCUGGCUGGUAAAGUUAAAUAUACCAAAAAUGAAUAAUCAAAAUUUUCACACAUACCAUUAGUUGUACACUCAAUUAUUAAGCAAUUUUAAAGAAAAGUUGUAGUUAAGUCUUAAAAUUAACAACUAUAACAUUUGUUAAUUAAAUAUUUUAUUUGACGGUCGAAAGACUUAAUCUCUUUAAUAAUAGCAAUUGUAUACUUAUAAGUUGAUGUUAUGAGCAGUUGUAGCUCAUACAAAUUAUUUUUACACCAUCACUUACUGAUAUUUAUUUUAUAUUUAUUCUUUCAUAUAUUUAUCAUUCUUUCUCGAAAUUUAAGUUAUGGUUGUUAUUUGAUUAAACUAAGAAGUUGAAAAUUUUUAACUUAGUCUCUUAGUCUUGUUAUGUUAUUUUUAUAUUUGAAUCCUAAAAAGGCACUAAUCUAGUCCCAAAACAAUUCUUUUAUUUAGUGGUUCUUAGGGUAAGGGCGAUUUGAAACAAAGUAAAGCUUU